CUGUGGUGAUUCUCUCAGAGCCGGAUAACCGACAGAAAAACAACAAAAUGCCAAAGAUUGUGGUUUUAUUCCUCUCGCUUUAUAUCUGCUGUUUGAUUAAUGGAGUUGGUGCUCAGGUGACCCUGAAAAUGGAGGACAUCGUCGAGGUCUAUAUGGGUGAUUCGGCUCAAAUCCACUGCCAGUACAGUUUUGCUCAGAAGCCCAGCAUGGUGAUGGUGCAGUGGUUUGUGCGUGGACCUGGUGGAAGAAGAGUGAGAAUCUCCUACAGCGAUCUGAGCAUGCAGAAGGUGGACGAGAACACGACCUUCACAGAUCGGAUCAGUGUGGCGGCGGAUAAAGACGGAGAAAUCCUGACCAUCGUGGACGUCAGACUCUCGGACGAGAGGGAGUUUUACUGCCAGGUCAACGGCUUGGCAGACGGCAGUGAAGAGGGCAGGACUCACUUAAAGGUUUUCGUUCCUCCAGAGUCUCCAGUGAUCGAAGCGGUCGUUACAGGAGUUUCAGUGACCAAUACCUUACCGACAAAGAUAGCAACUUGUGAAACUAGGAAAGGCUUCCCCAGGCCGAACAUCACCUGGUAUCGCAAAUAUGAACAACUGCACCCCAGAAACGGACAGGUGAACGUGGUAACCUUGGUGACCAAAGACUCCAGCGGGUUGUACGCAGUGCAGAGCGAGCUCCAGUAUAAGGUCACUAAAGAGGACAUGGAUGCCCUCUUCUCAUGUGAGAUCAGCUACCACGUUCCCGGAGAAGUUCAAACGGCCGGGUCCAAGAGCGUCAACAUCACGGUGCACUAUCCGACAACCAACAUGGAGAUGUGGAGGGAAUCGCCCGAGGGCCUGGUCAAAGAGGGGGACACAGUGGAGAUACGUUGCCAGGGCAACGGCAAUCCCCCGCCAACCAUCAUUUUCAGGAGCGAACAAGACGACGAGGAGCUGGAAUCUGACAGCGGUUUGCUGGUACUGACGGAUGUUACACGUAAGGACAGUGGAAUAUACCAGUGCCAGCCUUUGGUUCUGGAUUCAGACGACUAUGAGGAGGUGAUGGGGAGCCUGAAGUUAACUGUUCACUAUCUGGACCCAGCUGUGGUGGUACCCAAAGACUCUGAGGUCAUGCUGAGAGGAGAGAGUCUGACAGCCACGUGUAACGCCUUAUCCUCUCUAGAGACAAACACCGUCUGGCUAAAGGAUGGCGUGGAAAUCGGAAGUGGACAUGUCCUGCAGCUGCAGGAUGCCACAUUUGACACAGCUGGACACUACAACUGCGAGGUGACCGUUCCCUCCUUACCAGGCCUGCAUACCAGCGGAUCGGUCCAUAUAAUAGUGCAAGGUGCUCCUGAGCUGAAAGAUUUGGAGAGAGGGGUGCAGAUGAUGGAGCGAGUAGGAAAGUGGGUGAAUCUAACCUGCGAAGCGAGAGGAUUCCCUCUACCCACUGUGACCUGGAACAUCGCCAGCAGCCCUCAGGGCUGGCGUGAGAUCAUAAAAAAGGAGACUGAGGACGUUAUUCUAAGCAUUGUGAAUCUGAAAGUGACCACAGACACCGUAGCCACUUGCAACGCCUCAAACGUGAUUGGCACAGAGACCAAGAGCUACACCAUCACCAGCAUUCCCAUCGUAACCUCAACAGCGAGAAACACUGCAGCUGAUAACAGCGGCGUGAUCAUCGUGAUCAUUAUCAUUGCUAUUUUCCUUGUGGCCAUCUUGGGCAGCGUGCUCUACUUCCUGUACAAGAAGGGCAAGCUGCCCUGUGGACGUUCUGUCAAACAGGAAAUCACCAAGGAGGCGAACAAUAAGGAUAACAUUGUGGUGGAGAUGAAGGCAGAGAAGACUGAGGAAUCGGAACUACUGAAGGGUGUCAAUGGAAACCCAAAACCACCUAAUGACCAGUAAAGUACCUUGACCUGCGCAAAUGAUGUAUCAAGCUGCCAAGGACCGGAGAUGCCAACUCUGUUCAGUGACUGACCCAAGAUUUAGGAGUUAAGGAUGAGCGGCCGUCUUUUCCACAUAAAGAGGACAUUCUCGGUACUUUCAUGAGCACCACUAUUCCACACUGGUCAAUUAAAGUGAGCUCAGUUACCAGCGCCAGUUUUCUUUUAUUUCCCAGAACAUUUCAGUAAUUGUGACCCAGCUGAAAAAUCCAACGUUCCAGUGUUUGACCUUUAUAAAAAUGUACAUAGUAUAUAUAAUAUUUAGCUACUUAAAACUUGUCACCCGGUUCUGUUUAUAAUGCGUUAAUAACAUACAGUACGUAGGCAACACAAAUUUGAACUGUAAGCCAAUCCGAAGUACGAGCUGUUCACAUUCUGACCACAUUGUUAUUGCUGUUACAUUUCCACACUGCAGAAAUAGGAAGCCGUAUAGAAUGGAGGUUUUUCUGAAGUAAGCUUUUCCAGACUGUAAAUGAUCACUUAAUAGCGCCAAAGAAAGUUGGACCAACACAUCAAGCGUACAAAUUUAGGAUGGAUGUCAAUAAGGAGCCAUAAAAAUUUUAAGCUCACACGAUUACACAAUCAUUUCCAUAUCUGCAUUAAGUGACCGUUUUUUUCGCUUCUCGCCCAUUCAGCACAGCGUAUGAAGACCCCACCCACACAUCAAUGUGGCCACCAGAUGGCGCCCAGAGUUUUGAACCGAGGAGUUCAGAAUCUCGGCGCUGGUGUGCUAGCGGAAUAUCCCGCUGCGCCACCUGGGCGUGCAAGAUUUCCACUUUCAAAAGAUAUUUAAUUUUAGUGCAGAUUAAGAACAAAUAAAGAUUUAAAAACAGAUUUACCCGUGCCAGUCAGGAGACCAGAACAUAUUUAUAAAAUCUGAUCAUAAACGUAACCUUUUUAACUACCUUGUUGCAUAUUCAUCCUGCUACUUGACAGACACACUUGACAGACACAUUUCUAUUAAGCUUAUUUACUCUUCAAAAAACAUUUAGAAGCAUUUACAGACCAAUACUGGAGGGCUUAGAAGCUAAGAAGCAAGUUGUGGUCCAAUCACAGGUCUUAAGUUCUGUUUUUAGUUGAUCAGAGACACUACUGCUGUUGGCCUGCAGACGUAACUGUGGCUGCGUUUUGAUUUCUGAGGGGAUUUACAGCCCCCGCCUCACGUUCUGCUGCAGGAUUGAUUUUUUUAUUUUGAACUACGUACUACACUGAAACUACUUUUGAAAAGCUGUUUUGUUUUUAUAUGCUCGUUUGUGUUUGUUAAUAAAGAAAGGUGACUUUUCGUUUUGUCUCAGACCAGCACGGUCGAGUCGAUUUUACAGGGAGUGCGUUCUACUUUGAGUUGUGAACGUUUAAACAUCGUGUUUUUUUGAGGGGGGAUCACGUCCUGUCGGGACAACCAGAAUUAAGUGUACAUAAAUGUGGUCACCUGUGCGGUUCCUCGUUUUUUGUAGUAAUGUUACAGUUUUACAUUUGUAUGUAAAUUAAAUGUGAUUUGAUGCUUGAUUUUUCUACACUGUAAUUUCUUUUUGUUGUUGUUGCAGAAACAAUGCCAAAUAAAGCUGUUACUGUUCAAAACAAUAA